ACGGAACUAAACGGGAAAAGUACUCCGGUGUGAACCCGCCUACGAACAUCCGGUACAGCUCUUUUUUUGUUUCCUUUACACAAAGAGGAAAGAAAGUGCUUUAGUUUAACCUCUUUCACUUUUGCUUUUACUUUAGCACUUUUACUUUAGCACUUUUACUUUAGCACUUUUACUUUACUUUACCACUUACAACUCUUGUGAUGCCAAAGAAGAAAAGACAUGAGUCAGUUUUCAGCUUCAUUUCUUCAAACCCUACAGAGGAAAUUCAGGCAGGCUUUCCCAAUGCAUGACUCAACAAAAUCACACUUCAGACAUAGCUGAGGCUUUCUCCUUUUCUCUCUCCCUCUCUCUCUCAACAUUCUCAGUCCUUUAGUGUGUAUCUAACGGGCGUCUACGUCAUGUUCUCUUGAAGGCAGGGCAGUUAGCCCUGAUGAAGCACUUAUUUCUGAUGACUGUGCACCUCCAGGAAUGGCUCACUUAGCCGUUUCUCAGAAGCCUUCCUUUGUUGUGUGACAUGUCAGUGUUGUUCCAGUAAUUCGGCCCAAACUGACGCGCUCUCACUCUGCUGUUGUGGUUCUUCUCGGACAGUUUGGGAUGCAUUUGCUGCACAUGACAAGGGCUGGCCUGUCCAGUGGGGGGCAGUGUAUCUUUACCCCCCGCUGAGACAGCAACAACAACCACGAGGAGCACAUUUAGAGGACGAGGUUUACCGGCUGCUUUUAAAACGAACGCCCUCUCUUGUACAUGGAGGUGUGUGUGUGUGUGUGUGUGUGUGUGUGUGUGUGUGUGUGUGUGUGUGUGCAGGCGGUGCAGCAGCGCGGCGAUGAGAGGAAGGUGUGUGUGUUGCAGCAGCAGAUGUCCAUGCUGCUGGAGGAGAGCCGAGGGAGCGCGGCGGCUCGCAGCGAGCUGGAGGCGCUUUGUAGAGAACUGCAAGGACACUACGACACACUGAGGGAGGAAACCCUGAAACGCUGCAGGGACGACGAGGAGAAACGGUCUGAAAUUACCAGCCACUUCCAGAGCAUGCUGACAGAAAUCCAGUCUCAGAUCGAGACGCACAGCACCCGAAACGACAAGCUGUGCCACGAGAACAGCAACCUGACCGACAAACUGGAGGGCCUGAUGUCCCAGUGCGAGAUGAGGGAGGAGAGUUUGGAGAAGAUCAACAAACACCGCGACCUGCAGUACAAACUGACCGAAGCCAAACUGCAGCAGGCCAACGCUCUGCUGACCGAGGCCGAGGAGAAGCACAGGAGAGAGAAGGAAUACUUACUGGUUCAGGCUGCUGAGUGGAAACUUCAGACUCAAACACUCAGGGAACAGGGGAACUUGAUGCAGGUGCAGCUGACCCUGUAUGCCCAGAAGUUUGACGAGUUUCAGGCGACGCUGUCCAAAAGCAAUGAAAUCUACGUCCGCUUCAAGAACGAGAUGGAUAACAUGUCAGACAAGAUGAAGAAAAUGGACAAAGAGUCAACUCUGUGGAAGACGAGGUUUGAGAACUGCAACAAGGCUCUGAAUGAUAUGAUCUCUGAGAGAACCGACAAAUGCAAAGAGUACGACAUUUUCGUCCUCAAAAUUAAUAAGUUGGAGAGGUUGUGUGACGCCCUCCAGAAGGAGAGGGGGAUGCUCUAUGAAAAGAUCAAGCAAAUCAGCAAGAACAACUCCAACGUCUCAAUGAAAAUAUUCGGUGACAAAUCUUCUGACCUGAGUCCUUUUGAGCAGCAGGAGCUCCAUGAGAUCGGGAUUGAGGACCCGGUGUUGACGGAGGAUAUGUCUCGUCUGAAGGAGGAACAGACAAAGCUGCAGGAGUUCGCCAACUCCCUGUUGAAUGCACCUGCCCAUGAUGAUGAAGAGGACAAUAAGGAGGAAGAAACAGAAGACGACUUGGUGGCUUCUGCGUUUGACCAUUUCCAAACCAAACCUCAGGUCAAGCAGGAGCAGGCGGUAGAUGUGAAGUCAGAGGAAUCAGUUGUGCCACAGUCAGAUAAAGUUACGGAGCCAGCAGCGUCUUCACCAGUGGAGAAAACUUCUGAAGUGAUUCCAACAGACACAAAACCAGAAGUCCCAACCCAGGUCAUGGACAAAGAGGUGCAACCAGUCAAAGCAGAGGAGGAGAUCCUGAUGAAACCUGCUGAACCAACACCUGAGCCGGAGGAAGUCAAGAUCGAUCCACCGACAGAUACAAAACCAAAAGAAGUAGUAGAGGCUACGGUUGAGGCUGAACCAGAAGAAGCACCUUCCGCUCCACCCUCCGAAGACACACCGAAAACGGCUGCCGCUUCCAAUGACGAGUCCGUAAAGAAGCAAACCCCCAAGAAAAAGAAGAAGAAGAACGCCAAGAAUGCAAGCUAAAGUUUUAAAGGUGUGUGUGUGUGUUAUUUGGGUAAAGUGUGUGUGCGUAGCUGAAAUCAAACGGUGCCUUUAGUUUGUCCCAAUUGUCACUUCUGUUGAGAUUCAAUGUUCUCAGAUGAGGACGGUCCAAAAAGACUCCAGUUGUAAUGUCUCGUUUGGCCUGGUGGAGAGAGUGAUAAGCCCCACUACAGAAUGACAACAUCUAAAUUAUUAUUAAAUAUUAUUAUGUUUUUGUCUUUUGCCAAAACAAAACUCCUUGGUUGGUAUCUGUGCCAGUAAAAUGGCUGUGUCUCUUUUAAACAAAAGAAAGUGUCUCUAAUAAAGUCAUUUUAUGAAAAGUU